UUCUUGAACUUCGCAUCAUUAUUUCUAAACCAUUUAGAGGUAGCAGUAUAAAACCUAAAAUAUGAAACUUUAUAUAUAUUUCUCUAUCACUGCUGUAGUUUUGAUCUGCACUAAAACGGUUAUGGCUGAAAAACAACAACGGGAUAGUCAUUCUGCUGGGCAUGAGCUCUCCGAUAUGCUAAAUAGCAACAGUAUUUAUCGCAAUAAUGAAGCAACUUCGGUUCAAAAGCGUCGAGAACAGAGCCUAUUUAAUAAUCUGCACAAGGAUACGGUUGUGGUAAAAGAUGCCAACGGCAAUGUCCAGCAGUCGACAAAAGUUUAUAUGUCUAAUGGUUCCAAAUUCAACACCGAUAAUUCUUUAUAUUUUAUGUUUGUUUUAGUAACAUACAUAUUAAGCGCUUUUAACUAAAUUUAUUGUAUUUUAGUUUCAUGGUGGAAACAUUUGUAUGACAAAUAAAUUGUUACCCCUUAUUCAUAAUACAAAUUUUAUUUUAGCAAAAGUUUAUAAAAGAAAUUUUGUAUGAAAAUUUAGUUUUAUAAAGUUUUGAUCAAAUAAAAAUUAUAUUUUGAAUAAGAGCUUUAUAGAAAGCUUUUGGUAAAAGUAUAAA